CAAGAAGGUAUCAUGUGCGUGCCUGUUGAGCGGUUAUUCGGUUUUGGUGUACCAUGUGUUUGCGUAACUGAUUUUUAGGAUAUCGCUGGAUUAUAAUUACCGGUGAUGGAAUUUCGCCUAGACUUAAGAUGCCUCCAAGGAAAAACCGUAACUUUACCAGGAGUACAUGAUAAAGACGGAAGACCAAUCCUAUUGGUUACAGUCCCACCAGAAACUCCACCUCUGGAUAUUGUUAUUCCUCUACAGUACCUGCUUUCCAUUUUUAGCAAUUCUAGUCGUUCUCGAGGAAUUACAACAAUCCUAGAUGCCAGAAAAGGACCUUGGAAAGUGGCUAGAUCGUGCAUAAAACAAAUAACUACGGUCUUCGAGAGUGGAGAAUUGGCACAUCUUGUUGUCCUGAGGCCUGAUGCUUUCUGGGACAAGCAGAGAGUCGAAAAUUGCACAUCAAAUAAAAAGGGCAAUCCAGUUAUCUUCAUUCCACGAUCCCGCUUGAACAAGUUCGUGGACCAGUCGCAGCUCCCUCUCGAACUUGGCGGCAGUUUCGUUUAUAAUCACGAAAAGUGGAUUGAGAACAGACGGAAAGUGGAGGAAUUCUACAACGACGUCGAAACGACUUUGAAAGAUCUUAAUGAGUUACAUCAAUAUCUGCUUCAAAGUCAAACCCUAAGAGCUAGUCAAGUCGAAAAUGCCAUAAAUACAAGCACCGAUAUGGCGGACUCGGCGAAAAUGUUGGUACACAAUGCAACGGAAAUGGGACGUGAACUAAUUCAAAACAUCGAAUACGAUAUCCGAACAAGAAAAUUUGCAACCGAAGAUUUCGAAAGUAUUUCCCCUCCACAAGACGUUUUGGAUACCAUAGAACGGAUAGACGAAGUGUUGGGUACCAUAAGGAAAAACCAACAAACCAUUGAGGAAGCCUGGUCAAAUAUGGAAAGAACAUUUAUUAAUGCCAAAGAUUUAUGUUAUUUAGAGGAAGGAGUGGUUAGGGUAACAAAUUGGAUAUUAGGACAUGCUGAAAAUUUACUGAACUCGCGACACAAAGUUGGUUACGACGUUUCUUCAGCUGAAGAACUACGAAGGGAACACGAAUCCAUAGAAUUUCAGUGCUGGAGCACGUACGGCGCUUACGCCGAAAUAAUCCACAAAAUCAACAGCUUUUCAAAUGAAGACCAGCUAACAGAACAACAAAAAGAUAUAAUUUCACAGAAAGACUUCAUGGAUUUUGUGUGCAGAAGUUUUGCUUUAAGGUUGGAACGUCGAAGAAACAUCCUUAUCACCUCCUUGAGGUUCUUUAGAUUGGUCGCCAAGUAUUUUGAUAAAACUAGCGAAGUUUUCGAUUCGUUAGUUAUGGGAAAUAAAGUCAUUGAAUUUCAGUCAGCUGGUUAUAAACUAAAAGAACUGCAAGAAAGUCAGGCUAAUUUGGAUGGCAUAGAGAGAGAGUUGGUGAAAGAAGGAGAGAAACUAUCCGAUAUGUUGUCUAUGCCGGUUAAGGACGCGCUCGGCAGAGAAAUAAUGGUCGAUUAUAGCGAAGACAUCGUCAAUAUACGAGACAUAUUGGAUGCCACGACAGCGAGGAAGAACAUAUUCAGCGACAGCGUCGAGCUACAAAAAUUAACGCUCGAACAGGUCAAACACAUCGACGGCUACGAGAAGGACGCUAAUCAAGCGGUACAGUGGCUCGAAGAUCUGCUGCAGGUGAUGUUGAAAGAUCACAGUCACGUGGGUUGCACCGUGCAGGAGAUACAGGCCCAGAAAGAGGAGCACCAAAUGUUCCAAGAGACCGCCAAGGAUACCUAUAAUUACGGCUGUCAACUGCUUAAUGCGUCGCUAGUUUUGCGACAAUCCUGCAAACUGCCUUUAGAAGAACAUGCAAAUUUAUAUCAAACACUUAAAACCUGCUGGCAAAGUCUUCUUACCGUUAGUCAAGAACAAAUGACGAGAUUUCGAGUUUCUGCGGUUUUUCAUAGAUCCGUGGAAGAUCAGUGUAACCAACUGAGGGAUUUAAGAGAAGCUGUCGCUACAAUACCUUUAAUGGACUUGGGCAAGAAAAAAACGAGGGUUAGUCAUUAUUUCAGCUGCAGGGAAAAACUGCUUGUGGAAGUUGGCAGGAUGGUUCGAUUGGGAAGACUGUUAAGAAGUAGACUAAGGGAACCACUUUUUAUUAUUAAACAAUUGCCAGAUUUAGAGGAGGAUCCCUUCGAUUCUGCAGACGACAAUGAAAUAGCAGUUGAGGCGAUAUCAGAAAGAUUAGCAGAAGUGACUGGUUUAGCGGAAGAACUAGAUCAAACUUUACAAAGUGCACAACAAGACUGUUCUAUUCUUAGUAAUUAUAGCGAGGAAAUUUGCAAUCCGGAAAGCAUAAGCAACACUAUAUUUCUGAAGAAGAUCAUGGAGAAUCAGCCAACAACAUCUGAUGUAAGUAAAGUGAUAAAAGCAAAUGAAUUGAAUAUAUUAUAUUGA